AUGAUCUGGAAGGGGUCAAGGGAAGAAGCAGAAGAGUUCAUUAAAUAUAUUAACAACAACCAAUAUAAUCUUGAGUUUACUAGUAAAAUUUCAUCUAUUGAAAUAGAAUUUUUAGAUCUGGUUUUGUAUAUUGAUGGUUCCAAUAAAAUAUCAGUGAGGAAUUUUAGGAAAGCCACCGAUAAAAAUGGUUUCCUACAUGCUACUAGUGGUCAUUUACCCCGUUGGAAGGAAAAUAUCCCAAGUGGGCAAUUUAGGCGCAUACGGAGGAACUGUACAGACAUCAAUAAUUAUAUGCAGGAGGCUGAGAUAAUGAGCAAUAAAUUUCUACAAAAAGGUUAUGAAAAAUCAAGAAUAGAGGAAGCUAAACAAAGAGGGUUAGAAUAUGAUAGAAGUAAACUGCUAGAAGACAAAGGAAAUAAAGUAUCAAGUAAACACAAUGAUAAUGGGUCUUUAAACUAUAAUCUGCUUGGAUAUCAGUUCUGUCAAUGGUUCUUUCAGCUUUUGAACUCUCAAAACUCAUCAUCUGGAGAGAAAAGAGAUGACUGGGGACCACAACAUUUCUGGGAGAACAGUGUUUUUAAAAUUCAGAACAAAACAAAUGGACAUAUUGAAGAGUACAAUGAUCCUAUUGUGAUAAGCAUGCGUCUACUGGCUCUUGUAAAAGAAGAGAAGGUGUUGUUUCACCCUCAGCUUGAUCCCAGUGGGUUAAAAUGUGCUAUGAACUCCCAUGAGAUGGUAGUUGUCACAGUUGCUGGCACAGUUCAGAAGAACAAUGACUGCUUGGGUAUAUUUGAGCAAAUAUUUGGUCUUAUCAGGUGUCCACUGAGCAACAAAUGGAAGAUCCAAUUUUGUAACCUCAAUAUCCUCGGGUCUGGAACCUCUGUACAGCAUCAACCUUCUAUUAAAUAUCAGACAGAAGAACUAAAAAUGUUCUUUAAUUGA